GGGUGAGGUGACGUCAUCACGUAGUGCUGGUCCCUGCCCGUCAGCCCAGGAAACCCUGUGUAGAGCUGCCAACGCCCGGUGGAGAGAAGGGGGAACGACUGAGAGGUCUGCAUUAAACGAGCUUUGCCGACAUCGAGUAAUUAGCAGCCAUGCAGACGAUUAAGUGCGUGGUCGUUGGUGAUGGAGCCGUUGGUAAAACCUGCCUCUUAAUCUCUUACACAACAAACAAAUUCCCUUCGGAGUACGUGCCCACGGUAUUUGAUAACUAUGCCGUAACGGUUAUGAUCGGCGGGGAGCCGUAUACUCUAGGAUUAUUUGAUACCGCGGGGCAGGAAGAUUACGAUAGACUAAGACCCCUCAGCUACCCCCAGACAGAUGUGUUUCUCGUCUGCUUCUCGGUGGUCUCUCCAUCUUCGUUUGAAAAUGUGAAAGAAAAGUGGGUACCGGAAAUCACCCACCACUGUCCCAAGACCCCUUUCUUGCUCGUCGGGACCCAGAUCGACUUAAGAGAUGACCCUUCGACGAUCGAGAAGCUUGCAAAAAACAAACAGAAGCCCAUCACUCCAGAGACGGCGGAGAAGCUGGCCCGGGACCUGAAGGCGGUGAAGUACGUGGAGUGUUCUGCACUCACGCAGAGAGGUCUGAAGAAUGUGUUUGAUGAGGCUAUCCUAGCGGCCCUCGAGCCUCCGGAAACUCAGCCCAAACGGAAGUGCUGUUUAUUCUAAGCUGCGCUCUCUCUCUCUCUCUCUCUCUCUCUCUCUCUCGAUGCUGCUUCCGCUGUCCCACCACUUGUAGCGAAACAUUAAAUAAAUUACAAAAACCUAAUAAAACAAGUAUGUUGGCAAAA